UUCUUUGCGGAAGUAAACAAUCCUCGGCUGACGUGGAGCAGAAUUUGUUGAAGCUUGGAGGUUCCAGUCGGUUCCUGUGGGUUUAGAGGUUCGGUGGACUCUGUGGUUCCGUUUUUACUGCAGGAAUAAAGUCAGACUAACAGAAUGGCUUCAGCACAGGAGGCCAGCAGGCCGUUCGCGGCAUUCUCAGACGUGUCCAUCCCGGAGGACAUCCCGGUGGAAGGGGACAUCUCCGUCCCCGUCGCUCCGUCCACCAGAGACGACGGGUUGUCCACGCUGGACGAGCCGGUGAAGGAGACCGUCCUGCGGGACCUGCGGGCCGUGGGCAACAAGUUCGUCCACGUGCUGUACCCGAAGAGGAGCUCGGUCCUGCUGCGGGACUGGGACCUGUGGGGCCCGCUGCUGCUGUGCGUCACCCUGGCUCUGCUGCUGCAGGGUGGCGCUGCGGACAGCAACGACCAGGGCGGGCCGCAGUUCGCCGAGGUCUUCGUCAUCGUCUGGUUCGGCUCCAUCGUCAUCACGUUGAACUCCAAGCUGCUGGGCGGGACCUUGUCGUUCUUCCAGAGCCUGUGUGUGUUGGGGUACUGCAUCAUGCCUCUGACGGUGGCCAUGGCCGUGUGCCGGGUGGUCCUCUUCACCACCGUGGAGACGGUGGGCUUCGCCGUGCGGCUGCUGGUGGUGACGGCGUCCUUCGGCUGGUCCACCUUUGCGUCCACGGCGUUCCUGGCUGACAGCCAGCCGGCCAAUCGUAAGGCUCUGGUGGUGUAUCCAGUGUUUCUCUUCUACUUUGUGAUUGGCUGGAUGAUCCUGACCUUCUCCCCGUGAUCAACGGACGAACUGGACCGCCGGUUCCUGUGGGAUGAAGGGACUCAACGGACAGCAGAACCUGUCUUUGGACAAACAUGGCCGACUGCUGCGCUGCAGGAGCGCUCAGACUGAGAAAUGACUCCAGGUUCGUCCUGCAGCGGUUCUGGAUGUGCUGGUUCUGUUCUGACCCUGUGAACAGAACUAUCUGGACCGGAGCGUUUCUCUGUCCUUCCUGUAGGCUGUGAUUAAAACUGUUAGGAAACGUUUUGUUGUAACCCUCUGACUGUAAAACCUGAUUAUUUCCUUGGUUUGUUUGUUUGAUUAAAUAGUUUGAGUUGUUUUUCUGAAACAGCUGAGAUGGUUCUGUUCAAAGUUCUGUUCAAAGUUCUGUUCAAAGUUCUGUU